ACGUAGAGGAGGAUGGCCACUACUGAGUCGCAGGUAGACACGGAACGGCACAAAUCCGAUCUCUACACUCGACCUGGCUGGGUUGAUGCCUAUGUCGCAUUAGAGCAAAUCGAACAGGGCAAGGCGAUAGGGGAUCGCGGAGUGCUUUGGGUGCGAGUGCGGUUGCAAAGGCAAGUGCACUCGCUGGGCCGCUUCCUGGACGCACACGCUGGAAAGGUCCUGUUUGUUGCACUCCUGGUGAUCACCACGUUCUGCGUGGGUCUGAAGAGCUCUACCUUCCAUUCAGACAUCGAGCAACUGUGGGCAGAGGCGGCCGACGACGCCGCGACCGCGACGGAUGAUUCGCCGCCACCGGAGAUCCUUUCCACCCAUCAGAUGGUGGUGCAGACCGCCGUCGAUCCCGAUGCUAGUUUGCUGCAUCCAAACGGCCUCUUGGAGCACCUGCACCUAAUCCGCAAGGCUUCGCAGGUCACCGUGACUAUGUUCGACAUUACCUGGCGUCUCAAGGACAUCUGCCAGUCGCCGAACAUCCCCAACUUCGACAUCCAUUACGUUGAACAAAUGUUUGAAAAUGUCAUGCCCUGCUCCAUAGUCACCCCCCUCGACUGCUUCUGGGAAGGUUCAAAGUUGCUGGGUCCCGAUUACCCAGUGCAUAUACCGUACGGUAUUGGGAAUGAAGUCAAGUGGACCAACCUAAAUCCCCAGAAACUGGUUCAACGCAUUAAGCAGAAGGAGUCGAACUUUGAUUACCAUUCGCUGGAGGACUACUUCAAGCGCGCCGGCAUUUCGUCGGGCUACCAAGAGAAGCCCUGCCUAAACCCCAAGGAUCCGGCAUGUCCGGCCACAGCACCAAAUCAUAACUCUAGUCAUCCGGUGGACAUCGGCGCGGAAUUAACCAAUGGUUGUUAUGGUUUUGCCGCUAAAUACAUGCACUGGCCGGAAGAUCUGAUCGUCGGCGGGGCGGUUAAAAACAAGACCGGCCACAUUAGGCAAGCCAAAGCUUUACAAACCGUCGUACAACUAAUGGGCGAGCAUGAGUUAUUCAAAUAUUACUCAGAAACAUACAAGGUCCAUCACAUCGGAUGGAAUCAUGAUAAGGCGGCGUCCGUGCUCCGAGCGUGGCAGAAGCGUUUCUCUCAGGAAGUUGAUCACCUCAGCAGAAGCAACACGACCUCUUCACAUUCAUUCAACACCUUCUCCACGGCCACUUUAAAUAAAGGGCUUGCAGAGCACUCGCAGAUUAAUUUUGUCGAACUGGGAGCAGUGCUUAUCAUAAACUCUUUCUACAGUUGGGUUGCUCAUUCCGGUCUGGCAGCUUUGUGCGUUUUGAUAUUAGCCAGUUCUACGGCUGCCGGGUUAGGUGUGAGCAGUUUGCUCGGUCUACCCAUGAAUCUGCUCAGUACAAAAGUAUUACCUUAUGUGAGCGUCGGCCUUUCCAUGAUGGAUGUGUUCCUUCUGUUGACGACUUACAAUAAAAAGUUGGGACCGCCAGACCUACUUCAGCGCGUUGGACCUAGCAUCAUCACCUCAGCGGCCCGACAAGCUGCAGUCUUCCUAGCAGCGGCCCUUAUCCCCGUUCCUGCCUUGAGGGUAUUUUGUCUGCAAUUUGCUAUUGUAACCAUUUUCCAUAGCGCGGCCACCGUUUUGGUCUUCCCAACCCUUAUUGCCCUAGAGAUGCGUUGCAAACGAUCAGCUGUUCCUUGCUUCAGAAACGAGAGCAGAGGCGUCCCCACCAAUAAUAAUCUAGACAGGGAUCAUGAAGCUAAUCUCCUAACAUCGGAAUAUAUGUGCAACCAAAGGCGGAGUGUAAUUAUGUGGAUUAUUAACAAGUAUUUAACGGUGAUUAUUUUCAAACCAAUGAUGAAAGUUUUGCUCUGCAUUUCCUACCUGGGUUUGGUCGUAUUCUGCAUUUUCAACGGACUAAAGGUCGAAUACGAUGUCAGACUAUCCAGCUUUCUACCAAAAAACACACAAGAAUACCAUUAUUUGGAAGCGCAGAAUCGCUACUUUGGUUUCUACAAUUUUUACUUGGUCACCACCGAGUUGGAGUAUCCGCUGAGUCAACCCAUCUUGCACGAGUACCACUCAUCAUUGACGCAAGUACCACACGUCUUAAAGGAUUCCAAUGGUGGCCUGAAUAACAACGAUUUCUGGCUCUCCAAUUUCCGCGAGUUCCUGGUUGAUUUACAGGAUGAGUUUAACAAGAACCGCAACCAGGGCUGUCUGAAUAGUGAGAAGUGGUUCGCCAAUGCCACCGAGAAAGCGGUGUUAGCAUUCAAAUUGCUCGCGCAGACUGGUAUUGUGGAGUUCCCAGUUGACAAACUUCAGAUAUUCAAUAAAAAGCUUGUAGAGAGCGGAAUCAUCGAUCCGAAGGCCUUCUAUAAUUAUUUAUCUGUCUGGAGCAGCAACGAUGAGAUCUCAUACUCGAGUUCGCAGGCGAAUUUGAUGCCUAAACCAUUUCAGUAUUACAGCGCGAAGAAUGAAUACGACUUGAAAAUUCCUAAGUCGCAGCCUUUGACGUACACGCAGAUGCCGUUCUAUCUGAAGAACCUGCGUAGCACCGGCAAAAUCAUCGACACGCUAAAGAAAAUACUCUCGAUUUCGGAAAGCUUCAAUAACAGGGGCUUGAAGAACUACCCCAUCGGCCUAAUAUUCUCCUAUUUUAGGCAGUUCCUAUUCAUAGAUCGACUGCUGGCAAUUCAGCUGACCGUAAGCGUGCUGUCGGCUCUGGUGAUCACAUGCAUUUUAGUGCACUGGAGCAAGUUAGUCUGCCCAAUGAUUUGCACGCUGUGCAGUAUGCUGGUGCUGUGUUUCGUGAACAUAAAUGGACUGACAGGAACCGUUGGGGCGUUGCACUUUAUUAUUGUGUUCCAAAGCGUUAUGUUAAUAAUGCUAGGAUUCCAGAACGCUUUGGGUGGUCGCGAACGGCGUAUAAGACUGUCCGUUGAAAUGUAUGCGGAAAUCAUAAUCAAAGGACACCUCGGACUGCUCAUUUGCAUAGCUGUAUUGGCCACAUCCCAAUUUGAGUUCAUAUACCAAAUGUUCAGGAUAUUAUUCGUUUCAAUUUGCAUUUCUACUGUGAAUUCCAUGGUGUUUUUCCUAAUAAUGCUCUCGAUAUUUGGACCGAAAGGUGAGUUGCAAGGACUGCAGUACGUGGAUAGGAUAGCAACGCCACCUCCGAAGGCUUCGCCGCCUGCGCCCGUUCGGACGAGCAGCUACACAAAGCAAUCGCGAAGGAGCGCUCCAACUAAGGCUACCAGAGAACCGAGCCUAACAACUAUUACAGAAGAGAGCUGUAACCAGAGUAUCGUUGUGGAACCUCAGGUGACUGUUGAGUAUUCCAGUCCCGAGUCGACAUCCAGCGGAGGCCAGUAUACUACUAAAGUCACGGCAACUGCGAACAUCAAGGUGGAGCUUGUCACUCCAGUUUACAGGAGUAAAUGCGGUAAGCAUCAUUCGCAGAGCAGCAGCAGCAGCAGGAGCAAACACUCAAAGAGGCAUUCGCAGUGCAAAUGUUGCAAAAAUGAUACGGACAGUGACAGUAGCGGUGAAAGCCAAGAGACUGGGACGGAAAACUCGGUGAAUAGCUAACAUAGCUAACGAGUUGCGAUUUCCUUGAAUAACCUUUACGUGGCAUGAAUAACAUUCACGCACAUUUCGUAUGUAUAAUAAAUUGUGUAUAUUGCAUAUAUGUAUACCACUCAUUUUUAUUUAUUCA